AUGUUGGUGUUCUCGGUUCUCGUGACUGUGGCCCUAGCAUCUGCUCACCAUUCCGGUGAGCACUAUGAAGGUGAGAAGGUGUUCCGUGUCAAUGUCGAAGACGAAAAUCAUGUCAGCUUACUCCAAGAGUUGGCCAGCACCAACCAGAUUGACUUCUGGAAACCAGAUUCUGCCACACAAAUCAAACCUCACAGUACAGUUGACUUCCGUGUUAAAGCAGGUGAUAGUGUCACUGUGGAAGACUUUAUGGAGCAGAAUGAACUACAAUAUGAGGUAUUGAUAAGCAACCUGGGAUCUGUGCUGGAGGCUCAGUUUGAUAGCCUGGCCCGUGCGACUGGACACAGUUACGUGAAGUACAACAACUGGGAAACGAUAGAGGCCUGGACUCAAGAAGUCACCAGUGAGAAUCCAGACCUCAUCUCUCGCAGUACCAUUGGAACCACAUUUGAAGGACGCACUAUAUACCUCCUCAAGGUUGGCAAAGCCGGAUCAAACAAGCCUGCCAUUUUCAUAGACUGCGGUUUCCACGCCAGAGAGUGGAUUUCCCCUGCAUUUUGCCAAUGGUUUGUGAGAGAGGCUGUUCGCACCUAUGGAAAUGAGAUCCAAACAACAGAACUUCUCGACAAGUUUGACUUUUAUGUCUUGCCUGUGCUCAAUAUUGAUGGUUACGUCUACACCUGGACCAAGGCGCGAAUGUGGAGAAAGACUCGCUCCACCUAUAGCGGAAGUAGCUGCAUUGGCACAGACCCCAACAGAAAUUUUGAUGCUGGCUGGUGCUCAAUUGGAGCCUCUAGCAGCCCCUGCGAUGAAACUUACUGCGGACCUGCCGCAGAGUCUGAAAAAGAGACCAAAGCCCUGGCCGAUUUCAUCCGCGAAAACCUCUCUUCCAUCAAGGCGUAUCUGACAAUCCACUCGUACUCCCAGAUGCUGCUCUACCCCUACUCCUAUGCUUACAAACUCCCAGAGAAUGAUAUCGAGUUGGACGCCCUGGCCAAAGCAACCGUGCAAGAACUUGCCACCCUGUACGGCACCAAGUACACCUACGGCCCAGGGGCCACGACAAUCUAUCCUGCUGCUGGGGGCUCCGAUGACUGGGCUUAUGACCAAGGAAUCAAAUACUCCUUCACCUUUGAACUCCGGGACACAGGCAGAUAUGGCUUUGCCCUCCCUGAAUCCCAGAUCCAGCCAACCUGUGAGGAGACGCUGCUGGCGGUCAAGUAUGUCGCCAGUUACGUCCUGGAACAUCUGUACUAG